AUGGCACCUAAACAGACUGGAAAACGGAGGACUCCGUAUCUCUCAAUCCUCACCACUUUUGGGAGUGCUAUUUGUUUGAUACUGAUUGGAAUAAACACCAUCUGUGGCGAGCCAGAUCCCGAGGAUUCCCUUCGUCGUCAAUUUGCCACAGGUUCCAACCUGCAGAUCCAAGCAUGGACCGCUAUACUAGGGUUGAUAGUGUCAGGGCUCUCUUUCAGCCUCCUGGCCUCGGUCCAACAUCUCUAUGACUGUGUCUGCUCCAGGUUGGCAACUGCCAAAGGCUCAAGAGGUCUUCCUUAUGCAAAGUACCUGAAUACCCUCCCUCACGCUCCGGUUCUUCUGGGUAUCAGGCGAGGCUUUGCAUGGUAUGUGAUGACUUUUUGGUUGGCCUCGGCCAUGAUAGCUCUGUGGACGAUCGGCUACAAGUUCAGCAUCAUUCAAGUCGAGGGCCAAGUACGCGAACAGAUUUCCGAAGACCUCAUAUCAUUGAGAAUUCCUCCCGCUCAUUGUCUCGACGAGGGCACCGGCGUAAGCGAGUGGUUUGACGACAGAGUUUCAUAUCAGCCUCUGGUACCUGGAGAAGACUUUGUGUACCAAGACCCCGUGGAGAUCUUGACGAACAAAGCUUUCAUCCAUCGACUCUCAGGAGACCCAGAAGAAGACGCAGAUCGUAUGGGUACGGGGCGAAUUAUCAUGGUCGGAUCAGCCACGUGUGCAAGCACCCUCUUCAAUGGGGCAGAUUCCGGUAUACUGUACACCUCUGAGAACGUCCUGGUCGCUGAAGUGGUCGACAGCGUGAUUGAACCAGGUCGUAAUUUCACCAUCCAUGACAUAUAUUGGCAAACCUUGGAGCCGGACGUGAUAAACAACGUUCAGUUCAAGAUACAGUCUCCGGGGGCAAUCACAAUUCGUCGAGCUGGACUUGUCGUCGGCCAGGGAGCAGAUCCAGAUCUGCUCGGAACUGCUUCCAUUGAACAAGAACAAGAAAUUCGUGUUUACCGACAUCGGUUCAUCGUUGCGCGUCGCGUGGUCAACGGAACUUGCCAGAAUAUCUUGCCGGAUCAAACGGGAUAUCUGGUGGAUGGCCGCGUCUCAAAAGAUCCGCCCUCUGGGCCACAGCGACUGGUUGAAACCUACUACGAGGACGGGACAAGUUAUUCGGUCGGACCCAUUCUCCAGACGGGCUGCUUCAGUGGAUCGUUAUCAUUCCAGAGCUCUUAUGUGAACAGAAAGAUCAAGUCUAUCAUUGUGCGGGCAAACAUGGCAGUCUGGGGAACAGAUAUCGAAACAAUACGUCAAGAUCAGUCUCGCCAGGUUGAGUCUCUAGGCCACAAUUUCUAUCGAUCAGACCGCAUCACUGGAAUCAAGCGGCUCUCCAGUAAAGAUCCGACGAGAUACCCUCUGUUCGAGGGAACUAGGCUGAUUGCAGGUCGCGGUGGCUAUGUCCAGGCGGCCUGUGUAGAAAUUGGUUUGGGGGCUGUCUUCAUCAUUAUCGGUCUGGUACGGUGGUACAUUGGCCCACCUGAGUUGACGUCGUGGGCAGGACAGCACGUGUCGGUAUUCUGCAACACAAUUCUCUCCCCAAGCGGUGGUGUUGGGGGGGAAGUGCAAGACUGUAGGCCUGGUGGACCUUUGCAUCUGGCAUCCGACACAACUCACAACAGUGGCUCUUCGUCUGCCACGACACCUCUUGCUCAGGACGGACUUUCGCUCUCGCUCAUCAACGACCUCCGGAACGCUUGCUCCACAGGCUAUGAGCCAGCGCCUAUCAAAGGUGUUGGCACGACAUGGAAUUUGAUUUUGGACAAAGAGACUACAGACCAAGGACACGACAGAUUCUUCUUUACCAAGGCAGAAUGA